AGUUAUUGGUAGUUUGACUACUGGAUACAGUGGAUACUGGAGUGCAGUGCGGAGCAGUGUUCGUCUACCUACAGUACCUACACGCGAAAGCAAAAAUAUGGCAAGUUCGUCACGGAAUUCUACAAACAAGGUUUGUUGUUACGCACAUCCAGAUGCUCCACUUAUAGAAGAUUAUAGGGCAGGGGAUCAGAUUUGCUCGGAAUGUGGAUUGGUUGUGGGAGAUAGAGUGAUAGACGUAGGUUCAGAAUGGAGGACAUUUAGCAAUGAGAAAUCGGGAAUAGAUCCAUCGCGCGUGGGCGGUCCAGAGAAUCCACUUCUCAACGGUGCAGACUUGUCCACGAUGAUUGGACCGGGAACGGGCGCUGCGUCUUUCGAUGGCUUCGGUACCGCCAAGUAUCAAAAUCGACGUACAAUGAGCAGUUCUGACAGAGCUCUGCUCAAUGCGUUUCGCGAGAUCAAUAAUAUGGCAGAUCGUAUCAAUUUACCGAAAACUAUUGUGGACAGAGCCAACACAUUGUUCAAGCAAGUGCACGAUGGCAAAAACCUGAAGGGACGCUCAAACGACGCGAUUGCUUCCGCGUGUUUGUACAUUGCUUGUCGGCAGGAAGGUGUGCCGCGGACAUUCAAGGAAAUUUGCGCAGUCAGCAAGAUAAGCAAGAAAGAAAUCGGCCGAUGCUUCAAGUUGAUUCUCAAAGCUCUCGAAACUAGCGUGGAUCUCAUCACCACGGGUGACUUUAUGUCCAGAUUCUGUUCCAAUCUCGGCCUUCCCAACAUGGUACAGAGAGCCGCUACGCAUAUCGCUAGGAAAGCAGUGGAGAUUGACAUUGUACCUGGGAGAUCGCCCAUCUCUGUUGCAGCUGCGGCAAUUUAUAUGGCUUCACAGGCAUCGGAUGACAAGAGAUCGCAGAAAGAAAUCGGCGAUAUCGCCGGUGUUGCGGAUGUUACAAUCCGACAGUCGUAUAAAUUGAUGUAUCCGCAUGCGACUAAGCUUUUCCCGGAAGAUUUCAGAUUUGCCACGCCCAUUGAUCAGUUACCACAGAUGUAAACGAAAUACAUUUGAACGUUCUAAAGGAAUACUUAUUUUCCAUCACAAGCGCAACCGAUUGUGUGUCACUUAAUAAUUUUUUUUAACAGGGUACAUUCCUAAAUAAUUUAUACAAUUCACUAUUCUUUAUUUUAUCACAGAUAGUAUUAAUAUUUUUUUUUUUUCUCUUCAAUUUUAUUCAGACUAUGUUUUUCAAAGACGCAUUGGUGCUUAGAUGGAAUAUAUUUAACGUUCAGAUUCUGCUUUAUCUUACAUAUUCUGCGGUAUGAAACGUGUCUCGUGUAAUCUAUACUUCUUUUACUUUGGCUUUCUGCACGUUUCUUCUAUUUAUAAAUGUAUAAUAUAGCACGAAAAGAAGUCCAUUCAUUACUGCGCUGUUAUAGUAGAUAAAACAACUAUUUUUCCAUCUGCACUAUUAGAAAAUAAAUUCUCAUAAGGUGGCCUCACAUUAUGUGAAAUACAUGCGUAAGAUAUGCAUAUAUGUAUAAGUAGAUAGUUGAUAUAAUAAUUAUUGAUAUAUUAUUAAUCCUAGUUAUAUAUUAAUUAU